AUGUUUAUUUUGUCACUUCAUCCAGUGUCUGUGGUUAAAUUGGCUGGACAAAAAAGGUUGAAAGUAUGGUCGAUUUUAUUUUCAAGUUUCCUUCGACAUGGUAACAUGGAAUUCAACAUCAAAUCAAAUGUUGGCCCGGCAAAAGUUACUACAUCAACUAAAACAUUUUAUGAAUAUUUAGACAAUGUGUAUACUCAAGGUGGUGGGGAUUGUCCAGAAAUGACGAUUACCGGCAUUGAGCUAGCACUGGAAGCGUCAAGACCUAAUUCUUUAAUUUAUGUAUUCACGGACAGUAGUGCUAAAGAUUAUAAUCGUACUGAAAAAGUGCUCAAUUUAAUUCAAGAAAAACAAAGUCAGGUUGUAUUUGUCCUAACUGGAUUCUGUAACACAACUGAUGAACCAGGAUUUGAAGCAUACCGUCAAAUUGCUACUGUGAGUUCAGGUCAACUUUACAUUAUUGGCAAAGGACAAGUUAAUGAAUUUAUGCAAGUGGUUGAAGCAGCAGUUGAAGCAAGAAAAGUGCAUAUUCUGCAACAAGAUACACUGAAUACCGAUGCCAAGACCUACAGUUUCCCUGUGGACUCUCAUCUUACCCAGUUAACUAUUCAUGUUACAAAUCAUCAUAGAAAUCAGGCAAUUCAUGUAAAAAUACGUAAUCCUGAAGGUAAGCUAAUCGGCAAGGAAGAUGGUCUCAAACAACUGAUGAAAGCUGUUAAGUCUGUGUUUGUUGGUUCAAUUGAUCGACCUAAGGCUGGUCAGUGGACUUUAGAAGUGGGCACAGAACCAGAAGAGGCUGAUUUAGAUGAGCCAGAUGAGAGUAAACAAUCUGAACGGUGGAUUUCUGUUCGGGUUUCUGGUAUAAGUGAUGUCGACUUUCUUCAGGGAUUUUCGACAACACCAAGAUUGCAUAACCAUGGAGCAUCAACACAACCAAUAGCAGGUGUUCAAAAUUACAUUAUGGUUAAUAUGACUGGAAGAUUUUUACCAGGACAAGUUGAUCAUUUUGAUAUGAGAGCUCCAAAUGGUGCGUCAGUUGUCCGGCUGCCUGUACAACAAACUGCGAAAACACAAAUUUACGUUAGUCAACAAGCAAUGGACCCAAUUACCGGACAUUAUUACCUUGAAGUAUCUGGAAGAGAUGGACAAGGCUAUCCAUUCCAACGUUGUUCUAAGGUGGCGUUAUCAUCUAGGCAACCGCAACAAAUUGUUGUCACAUGCCCGGCUCAAGUUGAUGUUAGAAGAGGAGCUACAGCAGAAUUAUCAUGCACUGUGACAAGUGAAAUCCCGUAUACGGUUAAAUGGUUUAAAGAUAAACAAGCUAUUACAGGAUACCCUGACGAGAACAAAGUGUACAACUUUCCAACUAGUGUUAUGUACACUAUUACUGACGCAAAUGAAGAAUCCCAAGGGAUUUAUACAGUGGAAGUUAUACCUACAAUUACGGAUGGUGAGAAAAAGAUUGAAGGGCAAUAUCAAGAUGAAGUAUCCGUCAUUAUACUACCUCCUCCUCCACGUGUUCUAAUACCACGUAAUGCAAGUGUUGAACCGAGAACAGACGCUGUACUCAUCUGUAAUAUAUUCAGUCUGCAUGAAAAUGUUGAAGUUAAAUGGUACCGAGGUCUGGAACCAAGAUUCGAAUUGAAAAAUGGACGAAGGCAUACAAUUAGUUUGAAUCAGGAUAAUCCUCCAGGUGGUUUAGCAUCCGCAUUUACAAGUACAUUGACAAUAAGAACUGCAACGGAAAGUGACUCAGGAAAGUAUAUUUGUGAAGCAGAACACAAAGGUGGAGUCAGUGAAGCUGAUGGAUUUCUCCUUAUUCAUACUCGUCCUAUUGUAACUGCUGACGAAGAAACAGUUACAUUCAAAGAGGGAAGUGCACUGGUCAUGAGUUGUCGUUCAGAAGGAGCACCAAAACCUAAAAUUAUAUGGGCUUAUAAUAAUGUACCGAUUACAAUAUCCACUGAUGAUGAUCAGCGUAUUACAGUGAUCGAGGAGUUUUUUGAGUCAAGAUUAAUUAUUCGUCCUGCAAAAUCUAGUGAUGCUGGUGACUAUUCAUGCAUAGCUAUUAAUUCAGCUGGCAAUAGUACAAUACAGAUUACUGCUAAUUUUAUAUCACCGCCAAAAAUCGAAAAACUGGAAAUAUCUACUCCUCUGCCAGUAGAAGGCCAAGAACAAACAUUUACAUGUCAUGUCUCUGGUAAACCAAAACCUAAAGUAAAAUGGGACUUCAAUGGUAGCCCGGUUACUAGUAGUCCCGGUAUACGUAUUGAUGAAGAGGCAGGAGUCUUGAAACUACUUUCAGUUCGUCAAGAUAUGAAGGGUGAAUGGACAUGUCUUGCUGAAAAUACUGCUGGUUAUACAAGGGAGUCUGUACUAAUGGAUGUUGGAUUCCCACCAAAAGUGCUUACGGAUAUUACUAGUUCGAAGGUGUUAGCUGAAUUCGCAAUGGAUACAACUUUAAGUUGUCCAGUAACUGGUCAACCACAACCAAAUGUUAAAUGGUAUCGUGUUACUGGAUCGGGGAAUGUUCCACUGAGUUUUGGUAAUCGUUAUAUUCUGCAGGCUGAUAACUCUUUACUAAUACAUGAAGCUCCAUCGAUUUCAUUUACACAACCUAAACAACUAGUGCUACUGGGUACACCAGAGAAACAAAUCAUUUGUAAUGUACUGGAUGCUAAACCGGCUGCAACUGUAAUCUGGUUAAAAGAUAAUCAGCCAAUCGAUACAAGAACAAGUGAUAAAUACUUUCUGGAUGGAUUUAAUCUAAUCGUUCGUGAUAUAGAAGUAACUCCUGCUCGUAUUGAUCGUGGACGUGUACGUACAGAGUAUACAGUUCGUGAAGGAGAUGAACUUGUACUACCUUGCCCAGCAAAUGGAUCACCCACACCAAAAGUACAUUUUUCGCGUACCAGUGAACCUCGUCUAGGUGGCAGAUAUGAUGACAGUUCUGGAGUAAUUAAACUAUCCAGACAAACAGAUAAUUUACCUAAACAUUCAGUAGUAUCUCAGGAUCGUCAAUCACUUACAAUUUUCCGCACAUCAAAAAGUGAUAGUGGUUCAUAUCAGUGUAAUGCUAGCAAUGCUGUUGGAUGGGAUAUUAUGGAGUAUAGCGUAAGAGUUCGUGUUCCUCCAGCAUUUGAUACAUCGAAUGUUCAACCUGAAGUACACUGGUUUGUUAAUCAAACUCGAUCACUUGAUUGUACAUUAAUGGAAGGAGUUGAUCCACCACCACAAAUUAAAUGGGAAAGAAAUAAUUUACCCAUAGUGAAUGGACCAGAUAUUCAAGUAUCCGCUGAUGGUAGUAAAAUUACAGUACCACUUGUACAAACACGAGAUGCUGGAGAAUAUGUCUGUCAUGCUCAAAAUGAGGUUGGAAAAUCUACACAAAUAUUUAAUGUACUUAUCUAUGUUCGUCCAAAGUUUGUUGAUCCAACUAGAAAGAUUCAUAUUCAAGCUGUUCAGAAUGAAACAAUCCAGUUGGCUUGUGAAGCAACAGGUGAACCACGUCCACGAUUCGCUUGGUUUAAAAAGGAUAUUGAAAUAGUCCAACCACAAUUUAUGGAUCCACGAUAUAUUCAUCCACAAUUGUCCAGUUUAGCUAUCCUGAGUGGAGAUCAAAUGUUGCAGAUAUCAAAUAUACAACCGAGAGAUCAAGCAGAAUACACUUGUACUGUUAGUAAUGGAGGUGGUACAAUAGAAAAGAAAUUCAAUGUAACUGUAAUCGUUCCACCAGUAAUAAUAAAACGUUCUGGCUCACUAGAAGAACAUCGUACAUCUGAAUUCAUUCCAAUCACAUUUUAUUGUCUACUGCGUGAUAUCAAUCAAACAAAAGCGGAAAUCACAUGGACUAAAGAUGGUGCACCGAUAUUGAUGUCACCAGAUGGAGAUUAUUAUGUGAUACAAGAUCAAGGACAGAGUUUAACUGUUGUUCGUCCAACUGCUGAUGAAGUUGGAACUUAUCGGUGUUUAGCACGUAAUAGAGCUGGUGAAGAUAGUCAUACCUUCCAGCUAUCUGUGAUUGCCGCUCCUCGAUUUCCACCAGAUUUUGUUCGUUAUCGUCAAAAACAGAUUGUACGUCUGGGUGCUGAGAUUGAAUUCGAUUGUCCAGCACAAGGAUCACCUCCGCCUACAAUUACAUGGUAUUAUAAAGGUGCACCACUGUCACAGUUCAAUGCACCGGCUAAAUACACCUUUGAUGAUAAUGGCAGUAAAUUGAAGAUUAUCUCGGCUACUGGUAAAGACUUAGGAGAAUAUCAGUGUUUGGCACGAAAUGAAGCUGGGAAUGUAUCAAAAAUUUAUGAAUUAGAAGUUAUUAUGCCGCCCUUAGUUAGACUGGACAAAACUGAAAUACGUGAAAGGGAAGGUGCCACCUUUACUGUGCACUGUUCAGCUGAAGGACAUCCUAUGCCAACUUUGGAAUGGUUUAGAGAGACCGGAGGGCUAUUCCGACUUGGAACAAGUGUAGAUAUCAGUACUGGACUGUUAACAAUCACAGAUGCUAAAAAAGAAGACAGUGGUCGUUAUGUUUGUAAAGCCACAAAUAAAAUAAGCGAAGAUUCGAAAUCAGUUAUGAUCGAAAUAAUUGAACGACCUACCAUACAUACAUCAAUAAAGCCGAUUCUGGCAAAAGAGAAUGAACAAGUUUUGCUACCGUGUAGAACAAGUGGUACACAACCAAUACGUAUUCAGUGGCUUCUACCAUCUGGUCAGCUAAUCACAGCUGAUCAACCAGGUAUAUUUAGGCUAUUACCUGAACAAGGCCUUUUAAUUGAAAAAGUCCGUUCAGAACAUGCUGGACGUUAUCGAUGCUCAGCAAACAACGAAGCCGGAUUUCAGAAUGCUGUUGUCAGCCUAGAAGUGCUUAUUCCUCCAACAUUAGUUAAGCCAUCUAAUCUAGAAGUGUCUGGACGAUUGAAUUCUGUCUUACGGUUGAAUUGUGAAGUAGAAGGCGGUUCACCGACUCCAACUUUAAUUUGGGAACGUGAUGGUGUAACAUUUAGUCGAACGAAAAGUUAUUAUACUACAACAGAAUCUGGUCUGUUCAUCUUUAAUUCUCUAAAGCCUGAGGAUGAAGGUGAACUUACUUGCAUUGCCAAAAAUGCAGCCGGUGAAGACCGUGUAACUUUUCGUGUAUCCGUUCAAGUUCCGCCACGUGUCUCUCUGCCAAUUUCAACUAUUGGCUAUGAAGGCAAAUCAGUUACAAUGAAUUGUGAAGCUGAUGGUCGUCCAAAACCUGAAAUUAUUUGGGAAUUCAGAGGGCAACCGCUAACCAGUUAUCUGGAUGAUCGUGUUCGUUUCGAAACACCAACAAAGGUUACAAUACAUGACUUGAAGCCUACUGAUGGAGGAACAUAUUCAUGUAUUGCUCGUUCUCCUGGUCAAGAAAUGGCAAUGGAUUCCACCUUCUUGACAAUUUUCACUAAACCAGAGUUUGAGAGAACACCGAAUCAAACAACUGAGGCCUACGAAGCUAGAUGGAUACAGUUUCGUUGUAUUGCUAAUGGACAUCCAAAGCCAGACAUUCGUUGGAUGCAUAAUGGAAAUAUCAUUCCAAGUAAUCCAAGUAAAAAUGGAGUUGGUUCAUUGGUUCUUGGUCCACUAAGAACUGAUCAAGCUGGUCGAUACACCUGUGUAGCCAAAAAUGAUGCUGGAAGUGUUGAAUAUGAUUUUGAACUGAAGGUUAAGACCCGUCCUAAAGUGCAUGUCUAUCAGUCAGAUGAACCACCUAAAGAAAGUGAUACAACUCGUCUACGAUGUGAAGUUAGUGGAGAUGCUGAUUCAGUUAUAUGGUUAAAAGACGGGAAUAAAAUUUCAAAUUCAAGUCGUUUUCGUAUACUAGACAGAGGUUCCAGUCUUGUCAUCAAAAUGGCAAAGGCCAGAGAUACAGGGACUUAUCAGUGCAUAGCAGCUAAUCCGGUCGGUGAAGAUCUUGGUGAACUUCGUUUAGUUGUCGAAAGCAAACCAUAUCUUGUUACCUAUCCAAAUAAUAUGACUGCUCAAAUUGGAAGUGUAGUCACGAUGGAAUGUCUUGCAGAAGGUCAGCCCAAACCAACUAUUACAUGGUAUAAAGAUAAACAGUUAAUCACGCUUCAUGGACAUCGUUCAGUUGUAAAUAAUGGUUCUCUGAGAAUUGUUGGAGUUUCAUCUGAUGACGACGGUUUGUAUCACUGUGUCGCAUCUUCAAGUUUGGGUGAAGAUUUUUCACCCCCUGCAUUUUUACAAGUUCAGUUAGAUGGUCGAUGGUCACCGUGGUCUUCAUGGUCAGAAUGCAGUCAAACAUGUGGGCAUGGAACACAAUCAAGGACUCGUAAAUGUACCGAUCCAGCUCCAAAAUAUGGCGGUGCUCAUUGUUUUGGAGAAACUACUGAAAUCCGUUCUUGCUUAGUAUCGUUCUGUCCAACAGAUGGUGAAUGGGGCAGUUGGACACCUUGGUCAGCUUGUACAGCUACGUGCGGCGCAGGGUUAUCGCAAAGACGAAGGCGUUGCGACAGUCCACCACCAAGUAAUGGUGGCAGGCCAUGUGUUGGUGAAGCCGUGGAAGAUGUGAUGUGUGAAGGUCUUCCACCUUGCCCUGUUGGUGGUAGCUGGUCACCAUGGUCACCGUGGUCAGAGUGUUCGGCCACCUGCGGUGAAGGAGGCACACAAAAUCGUAGGCGAACAUGUGACAAUCCGCCGCCGUCAAAUGGUGGUAGGUCUUGUCCAGGUCAAGAACUAAUGGUGAGGGCUUGCAAUCGUGGUCCAUGCCCAGUGAAUGGAGGGUGGGGUAAAUGGACUUCGUGGACUCAUUGUUCGCAUAGUUGUGGUGGAGGUCAACGUCGGCGUACUCGUUUGUGCGAUAGUCCAGCUCCCGCGUAUGGAGGUGAAGACUGUCCACCAACAGGAAGUACAGAAAUUUCUGAAUGUCAGUCAGAAGCAUGUCCAAUCCAUGGGGAUUGGUCAAACUGGUCAUCAUGGUCGGCUUGUUCGCGUACUUGCGGAGUUGGAUUACAAAGCAGAGAACGUGAAUGUACACAACCUCAACCUCAGUUUGGUGGACGCCUAUGCAGAGGUUCAGCAAAAGAGAUAAGGACUUGUGAAGUACAAAAACGUGGCAGUUCAGGAUUUUGUCCAGAGUCGGACAUUACACAAAAUCCCACUUGGUCAGAAUGGUCUUCUUGGUCAGAAUGUGAACCGGACUGUUCACCUAAUGGUCAGAUAUCAGAAGUAGGUGGAAUAAGGCGUCGUGAAAGAACAUGUACAAUCGUAUCGACUGAAAAUGAUUUAACUGGAAGUAGUUCAGUCCUACCAUCUCAUGGAUGUCCAGGUCCAACGGAAGAGAUUCAAGAUUGCGUGCUUGAACACAAAGUAGACAGAUGUGAGAAUGCUUUAUCUCAUGUUAACAAGGGGAUGUUAACUGGUACUAUUCGCGGUCAACUCAACAGUCAAGAUUUAGGCACAAUUCUUCUUAAUGCUAGUUGGUUUAACUCUGGAGCGAAUCGUCCAACUGCUUAUGAAUUUUAUCUGUACAAUGUACCACCAGAACGCAGUCAGUGUAUUCAGGCAUUAACUGAAAUUUAUCUCCCAGGUAUUUGGUAUGCAGCACAAGAAGUGUCUGGUGCAACUAAUGGUCAUAGAGUGAUGGGCACAUCAAACGGAGUAACAUGGGAAUCUGUCGGUCAGUUUGCAGAUGGAAGUAUGAUACAGAUGAGUCAACGUGUAUCACGAACAAAUGAGUCAUCCGGAGUAUCUUCAAGUGAAUCUAUAAUUCAUCUGACUACUGACAUCCACUUAUCUGGAUCGUGUACAUUUUCUUUAAUUGAUUCUAAAACAACAUCGAAUCCUGAAGUUGAAUUACACGAUUUUCAUGAAGAUUUAGUACAGUUAAGUCCUCAAAAAGGCAGCCUACAUGGUCAUUCCUCUAGAGCAUUUACAGUGUAUAACUUAGAGAGAGAAAAAUCUCAAAUGGAACCAUAUUCAUGGACUUCAACUAUUCGGAUUGGUCCAGAUAGGAGACAAAAUUAUUUAACACAAGAAUUACAAGUGGACGGAUUAGAACACAAAGCUGAUUUACAAGCUGGACAGAUUGAAUUUCGCGCUGAAGGUAUAAUCAAAAAACCGUUAGGUCCAGAGGUUUGUCCGUCUGGAUUUGAAAUACAACAGGCAAGAGUAACUGGUCCAGGGAUGAGAUUACAAAGUAGAAGAGACUACUGUAAAGACAUCGAUGAAUGUGCUUUCCCAAAUCUGAAUAAAUGUGAUCAUAUGUGCAAAAAUACAGUACCACACUACACAUGUACAUGUCAAACUGGCUAUCGUCUAUCUGUUGAUGGACAUUCUUGCAUUGAUAUUGAUGAAUGUACUACUGUAGUCGGGAAUAAUGGAACAUUAUGUCCAUAUGGCCAAAGAUGUAUAAAUACGCCUGGCAGUUAUGAAUGUAAACAACUUUGUGCGCCUGGUUUAAGAGAAAAUCUCCUCGAGGAUCGUUGUGACGAUAUUGAUGAAUGCCAAGUGGAACCAGGUAUAUGUGGACUUCAUACAUGCGUGAAUACUUUUGGCGGUUAUCAUUGUGUCUGUUUACCUGGUUAUCGUAGAUUUGGUGAAAUCUGUCAAGACAUCGAUGAAUGCUUGUCCGGUGCUUAUCAAUGUCGUGAAAAUGAAAGAUGUGUAAAUAUACCGGGCAGUUUUCGCUGUCAGCCUGCAUGCCCUCCAGGAUAUCGUGCAAUUGGAAGUCCUGAAUCAAAUAUCGUUGAAUGCGUGGACAUAGAUGAAUGUGCAAUUGGAACAUUCCAAUGCCCUAAUGGAGCGAGAUGUAUUAACGAACCAGGAACGUAUAGUUGUCGGUGUCCAAAUGGUCAAGAAGCUGGAAAUCAGGGAUGCGAUACCCGACGUGAUGAGUUCUGCAAUGAAGGAUUUCAAUGGAAUCGAGAAAGAGGUUGUAUAGAUAUUGAUGAGUGCAAUCCACCAUUUGGUUCAAGUCCAUGUCAGUACAAGUGUGUAAAUACCUACGGUGCAUACCGUUGCGAAUGUCCUGUAGGAUAUGAAGUAGAUCGUAGAACAAAUUUAUGUAGAGAUAUAAACGAAUGCAACUUAGGUUAUCCUUGUAGAUCUGAUGAAGUCUGCUUAAAUCUUCCUGGAAAUUAUACAUGUGUUGAACAGAAAUGUCCAGAAAAUUAUGUUUUCGAUAAGAAAUCUAGAUCUUGUAGAAUACGAUGUGCUGAUUCUAAAUUAACAUGUCCCCAUGGUGCUAUGUUUGCUGAUACAGUGGAAUAUUUGAUUGUUAGUCUUCCGCCUCCUGAAUCAUUCCGUGUAACUGGAUCAAGAAUCAUGCUUCGUGUUGUUGAUUGGCAUCAAGUUCAGCAAUCAAACUGUUAUUAUCAAUUGUUAGAUAAAUCGCCUAAUACUCCAGUGAAUCAUCGUACUGAAGAUGGAGUCGUCUAUCUUACGCCAAACUGGAGUUCAAAUCAUACACGUGAAAAACCACUUUUAAGUGCACAUCUUGAAGGUGUGAAUAAUGGGACAAACAAGCACAAUACAGACAGAAAAUACGAUAAAUCAGAACAAUUGUAUUACUUGUUUUUCCGAGUUUCAUGCUAUGAAGAUGAUUCUAUGUCGCCGUCGUCAUCAGUAGAGGCAGGAGCUGUAAUACCAUCUUUUUCAGCAGCUCUGCCUUCUGUUAAUGCAGCAUUUGUCAACUCGCUUAAUACCAAUAACAACGAUAAUAUUGAUUAUAAUACAGAAAAUCAGUCAUGGUUAACUAACCCGCCAUCGGAUAUUCAUUAUAAUCAAACAAAUGGGAAGUACAAACUAGUAUUUCAACAUUCAUUUUAUGUUUACAUUUCAGUAUCGAAAUAUCCAUUUUAG